GGGAAUUUGUGUACGUGGCGCUGACGCUCUGCUGUUCUCUUCUUCCUGCAGUCCUACUUUGUAACAGACUAUGACCCGACCAUUGAGGACUCCUACACCAAGCAGUGCGUUAUCGAUGAGCGCGCCGCGCGGCUGGACAUCCUGGACACCGCCGGGCAGGAGGAGUUCGGAGCCAUGAGAGAACAGUACAUGAGGACCGGGGAGGGGUUCUUACUCGUCUUCUCCGUAACGGACAGAGGAAGUUUUGAAGAAAUCUAUAAAUUCCAGAGACAGAUCCUCCGAGUAAAGGAUCGGGAUGAAUUUCCUAUGGUCCUGGUUGGGAACAAGGCAGAUCUGGAGCAUCAGAGACAGGUAACGCAGGAGGAAGGGCAGCAGUCGGCGCAGCAGCUGAAAGUGACGUAUAUGGAGGCGUCCGCCAAAAUCCGGAUGAACGUUGAUCAAGCUUUUCAUGAACUGGUGCGAGUAGUGAGGAAGUUUCAGGAGCAGGAAUGCCCCCCGUCUCCGGAGCCGACGCGGAAGGAGAAGGACAAGAAAGGCUGUCACUGCGUCCUGUUCUGAUACCUGGCGUCCUGUCGGAGCAGCGUUUCUCAGUACGUGUCACCAGGAUGGCCUUAGUCCACGAGACCCAGGACAGUCCCUCGAAGCCCCGUCCCAAUGCAGGAGCGAGCAGGUCUCCCCGGAAAUUCACCGCCAGCUCGCGACCAAUCGUAAAGUUGGACUUUAAUAGUUUUGUUUUUGUUUUUUAAUCUAUAUCUUUUUCAAUUAUUAUAUAUUUUUUUGUUAUUGAGCGGUAAAUUCUCCGUGCGGCGGUCGGGUGCCGAGGGCGCGGGGUGUGAGGUCUGUCCACGACGUAUGCGGUGGGGACUGAUCUUUUUUAAUUUUUUUUUUUUUACAUUUUUCAUCUUUUAAAUUGAAUUUUGUCGCAUUUCAGGAUGAGAUUUUUAUUCGCCAAGAAUCCGUUUUUAAGUGUCCUUUUCUUGUAAGAUGGCGGUCGUUAUAGCCCAUAGAACUCCGCUGACAUCCGCGCGGUCCGCGUCACGUUGAUCCAGUGUCGGGCCGAGCGCCCUCUUCUCCAUCUUAUUAUUUUCGCCUUCCGGGAAUCUAAUGUAGCGCCCGUCUCGAAGCCAAGUACUGAGGACUCUGACGUACCAUCCGGCGGAGAAGCAACUAAGUGCCUGAGCUGAACUCUGACCCUGGAGGAAUGAGCGCAAAUAUGGCGUCAUACGCGGGCGGUGAGCGUCUUAACCGUUGCCAAAUUCUGAUGACAAUAAAGGUUAUUGGUGUAA